AUGGCUUCUAUUUCCGGACUUGCUUCUUUUAUGAAUUGUAUUUCUGUUAAUAGAAACCCUAAUCGUUUAAUUUCCCAAGUUUAUGGAAGCUUUACUGUUAAUUCCUGCAAUAGGGUUUCGAUUACAAACAGAAACCCUAUCCAUAUUGGGAUAUUACGUGAAAAUAGGUUUUAUAAAGCGGUGGAGUUGGAUACGUUUGUAACUAGUGACGACGAAGACGAAAUGAGUGAAGGUUUCUUCGAAGCAAUUGAGGAAUUGGAGAGGAUGACCAGAGAGCCAUCUGAUGUUCUUGAAGAAAUGAAUUCCAGAUUAUCCGCUAGAGAGAACUACAACUCGUUUUGGUCUACUUUUCUCAAGAAGGAAGAGACUCAUGGUGUGCUUUGGAAAUGUGAUUGCUCUUCUUGUGGAUAUGGAGUUUUAAGGAGAGGGGUUGGUUAUGAAAAUGAUGAUAAUCAAGGGCGUAAAGGAGGUCCUACAGGAUAUCUUGCUUGGAAGAUGAUGGAGGAUGGAAAUUACACUGAUGCAAUUAAGCUAGUAAUCAACAUUAAAGAAUCCGGUUUAAAACCAGAAGUCUAUAGCUAUCUAAUUGCAAUGACAGCUGUUGUCAAAGAGCUAAACGAAUUUGGAAAAGCUUUACGCAAGUUAAAAGCCUUCACGAAAUCCGGUUUAUCUUCUGAUUUGGACACACACGACACACAACUCAUACAAAAUUACCAAACUACCCUUUUGGAAGACGGGGUCCGCUUAUCCAAUUGGGUAAUCGAAGAGGGCGGGCUGUCAUUUCACGGGGUUGUAUACGAACGUCUUUUAGCCAUGUACAUAUGUGCGGGUCGUGGGGUCGAGGCAGAAGGGCAAUUAUGGAAAAUGAAAUUAGUUGGAAAAGAAGCCGAUGGGAAUCUUUAUGACAUUGUGUUGGCUAUAUGUGCUUCUCAGAAGGAAAUAAAUGCAAUUUCAAGAUUGCUUACAAGAAUGGAGGUGACUAGUUUGUUAAACAAAAAGAAAACUUUAACAUGGUUAUUAAGGGGUUAUAUUAAAGGCUCUCAUUAUGUGGAUGCUGCUGAAGUGGUAAAUAAGAUGCUUAAUUUGGGGGUGUACCCUGAGUUUCUUGAUAGGGCUGCUGUUUUGCAAGGAUUGAGAAAAAGAAUUAAUCAAAAGGGUAUUUUGGAAAGUUAUUUUAAGCUUUGCAAGAGGUUAUCGGAUGCAGGUAGCUUGCAACCUGAAGUGAAAGCCAUAAAAUGA